ACCUCCCUCUAGAACUUGUCUCCUCUCCCGGCUGCUGCUGUUGCUGCCGCUGCUGCUGCUGCUGUUGCUGUCAGAGUGAGAGAGCUAGACUGGCUGUAGACAGUGGGCUGCUGGAGGAGCUACUGCCAGACAGGGAUCUGCCUGUGUGCGCAGACACACUGCAGGGGGAGUUGUUAUGGUGAUGGGCAUCCACUGCAUAGCAACCCCUGGCAUAUUGUAGGAACACCGGCGCAAUCACGCUACCUGAUGAUGUCACCGCAAUCCCGGGUGGGAGUUUUGGCAUGGAAGCGGACACUUGGGUGUAUCUAUAAAUGAUCUCUGUUGUGAUGCUUUGCAGACGCUUGGAGUUUGGCAGAAAGAGUGCAAAGAUACUGCUCGUCAACCUAAAUAUGUUCUAGACCGUAUUGAAUCGCAUUCACCUGUUUGGUGGUGGCCUCCAUGACAUUUGCAAGGAACUUUUUGCUAUGUAUUUUCCAGUUUGCAUGCCUGAGGGACUUGACGCUCUCCACAGAGUGAAGGCCAGACACUGCCUGAAGUCUGCUCUAGUCAAACCCUGCAAGAUCAAGGCAACGCUGGACUGAUGGGAAUUCUGCUGGGAAAGGAUAAUACUGCAUCACCUUUCUAAUAUAGGUCUCUCCGUUUUAAUCUUUACCAUCAUGGCGACAUAUUUUUGGCUGGAUGGGUAAACGGCCUUAACACGUUUUCUGCUAACACGCUUUGAAUUGCCCUAUUCCACCAGCCAUUUGGGGCUUGGGGCUCAAACUAGAGUUUCUGGAUGAAUGAAAAUGGACUCUGACUAAAAUGGAAGUGACCUGACAGUUUCCUGCCCAUCCGUUGUCUCCGGUAAGGACAGGUUAAAGUUGGACGUUCACCUUUGCUGGAAAAGCAGUAUGCAGGAAGCUGGUUUUCAGGCCACAAAUGCUUUCACAGAGUGCAAAUUUACCUGCACCAGUGGCAAAUGUUUGUAUCUUGGAUCGCUGAUUUGUAACCAGCUAAAUGACUGUGGCGAUAACAGUGAUGAAGAAAACUGCCCCUUAGUGACAGAGCACCCGCCACCUGGGAUAUUUACCUCUGAACUGGAGUUUGUCCAGAUAAUUAUCAUAAUCGUGGUUAUAACGGUGAUGGUGGUUGUGAUCAUCUGCCUUUUGAAUCACUAUAAACUCUCAACGUGGUCCUUCAUUAACAGACAAAGCCAAAGCAGAAGACAGGAAGAAGCUCUACAGCCGGAAAGGUGUUUGUGGCCCUCAGAUAGCUUGGCGCCACCACAAGGAGCAUCAGAGAUCAUGUAUGCACCAAGGUCAAGAGACAGAUUCACGGCUUCCUCCUUUAUGCAGAGAGAUCGUUUCAGCCGCUUCCAGCCAACAUAUCCUUACAUCCAGCAUGAAAUUGACCUUCCACCUACUAUAUCCCUCUCUGAUGGAGAGGAGCCUCCACCUUACCAGGGGCCAUGCACUCUGCAGUUGCGAGACCCGGAACAACAAAUGGAACUAAACAGAGAAUCUGUCAGAGCACCCCCAAACAGGACCAUUUUUGACAGUGAUUUAAUAGAUAUAUCAAUGUACAAUGGGGGUCCUUGUCCACCAAGCAGCAAUUCGGGCAUCAGUGCAACCAAUUACAGCAGCAAUGGCAGAAUGGAAGGGCCUCCACCAACUUACAAUGAAGUUAUGGGACAUUAUCCAGGCUCAUCUUAUUUCCACCACCAGCAAAACACCUCUCCUCCGUCUCAGACAGGUAGCAGACUUCCAUUUCCACCGAGUGAUCAAGAGAGCACAAUAGUUCCUCUUAAUGGAAAAGACAGGGAACCUUGUCUGAAUACUCCCAACCUGCAUUGAGCCUGAAGUGAAGGAAGAAGUCCUCACCAUUCUCUUGUGACUUCCUGAGCUCCAGCGCACGGUGCUUUUGAGAUUCAAGUGGUACAAUUAAAUUAAACCAAAUGCACAUACUAAUGUAUGCAUAUUCUGAUACCAGUCAGAGGAAAGCAUGCAACUGUAUAUGAUUAUACACACUUCCUUUCUGUGUUACCUGUACAUUUGUUUCAGGAAGAGUCUUUCUUAUGUUAUGGUAUUUCAGUUAUUUAAGCUUUGAAAGAACUUUGCACAGAACCCAAGCUUUGCAGAGCCUCUCUUGUUUUUUUAAUUUUAUUAUUACACAUUAAUGGCAGUCACAUAGAACAAGUAUUAAUGUAGAAGUGCUAAGGUUUUUAGGGAGAUGGCCAGUGUUUGAUAGGGGAUUUGUAGGGGCAAUCCUAACUAUUUUAUGUAAAUCCAUAACCAUUUUGAAUGUGCCAAUGUAUACGGUGAAUGCAGAGAAUGAAUGUGAUGAUUGCUAAACCUCUUUUUAAAAAGGAAAAGAAAAAGUUGCACUAACUGAUUGUUCAGAUUAUCCUAUAUGAGGGAAAUGUAUUAUGUAAGAGUCUCCCC